UUCCCAUCAUGUUCUCAGAUGGCAUCCGAUAUUCACGCUUCAUCUGCAUCUAUGGCAUCAGGAUCGAGGAGCAAGAUUCCAGUCUGCUUUGAUGUGCCCGAAUAUGGUCCACCACCAGAAGCAAAUUCACAGUCCAAUUCAAAUACAUCACAUCAAUUACACGGAGCUGAUGAUCUUAUCACACUUUUUAACCUUGGAGGACUAUGGGAUAGAAGUGUGAAGCCUUAUUCGAAUCCAAACAAGAAGCAUAGAGAGAAUGGAGGAAAAGACCACGCAGAAGAUGGCGGAGACGAGAAAGGGAAAGUGAUGGAAAAGACAUAUGUGGAUUACGUACAUGAUUUACCCGGAAAGGUAAGACCGGCAAAGAGAACGGUAAGCAGAUUAAACACUGCUACUGCCAAUGCAAAUGCAACAGGUCAAAUGCCACCUCCUAUUCCCGAAGAGAUCACAGGUCGAGCAACGAUGCGUGAUAUCGUAUUCCGACCUGAAACGACUGUCCAACGUGUUGGGCCAUUUGAUGAAGAUCUUUUACGUGCUGCGUUCACAGUUCAGGCUGGUAAUGUUCCGGACAUUGAUUUGUCCCUACUUGAAUCUGAUGAGAUCGAGAAACAAAGUCCAAGCAAGAAAAAGAAGAAGCGUAGACAUGCACCGAAUCCAGCAGACGAGACUGCUGCUAAGCGUAGCAAAUUGAACAACUUCGCUGGUGGCAUGAGCAAGUCCGGACCUGGUCGCUGAAAAACAAGAAAGAACAUCCCAUGAUUUUGUAUUAUACCCAUUGAUGUAUUUGUAUCCACAUUUCCCUGAGCAUAAGAGUAAGAUCACACUUCAAACGAUA